GUUCCUCACGAUGAGGACAAGGUUGCUCACGCUUGUGGGAAGGUUCCUCACGCUUCCGACAAGGUUCGUCACGGUGAGGACAAGGUUCCUCACGCUGAGGGCAAGGUCCCUCACGGUGAGGACAAGGUUCCUCACGCUGAGGACAAGGUUCCUCACGCUGAGGACAAGGUAUCUCUCGCUGAGGACAAGGUUCCUCACGCUGAAGUCAAAGUUCCUCACGCUGAGGACAAGGUUCCUCACGCUGAGGGCAAUGUUACUCACGCUGAGGACAAGGUUCCUCACGCUGAGGACAAGGUUCUGAGGACAAGGUUUCUCACGCUGAGGACAAGGUUGCUCACGCUGAGGACAAGGUUCGUCACGCUGAGGACAAGGUUACUCACGCUGAAGACAAGGAUCCUCACGCUGAGGACACGGUUGCUCACGCUGAGGACAAGGUUCCUCACGCUGAGGACAAGGUUACUUACGCUGAGCACAAGGUUCCUCACGCUGACGACAAGGUUCCCCACGCUGAGGACAAGGUUCUGAGGACAAGGUUCCUCACGCUGAGGACAAGGUAUCUCUCGCUGAGGACAAGAUUCUUCACGAUGAGGACAAGGUUCCUCACGCUGAGGACAAGGUUCCUCACGCUGAGGACAAGGUAUCUCUCGCUGAGGACAAGGUUCCUCACGCUGAGGACAAAGUUCCUCACGCUGAGGACAAGGUUCCUCAAGCUGAGGACAAGGUAUUUCUCGCUGAGGACAAGGUUCCUCACGCUGAGGACAAGGUUCCUCACGCUGAAGACAAGGUUCUGAGGACAAGGUUCCUCACGCUGAGGACAAAGGUUGCUCACGCUGAGGACAAGGUUGCUCACGCUGAGGACAUGGUUCGUAACGCUGAGGACAAGGUUACUCACGCUGAAGACAAGGUUCCUCACGCUGAGGACAAGGUUGCUCACGCUGAGGACAAGGUUCCUCACGCUGAGGACAAGGUUACUUACGCUGAGGACAAGGUUCGUCACGCUGAGGACAAGGUUCCCCACGCUGGGGACAAGGUUCUGAGGACAAGGUUCCUCACGCUGAGGACAAGGUAUCUCUCGCUGAUUAGAAGAUUCUUCACGAUGAGGACAAGGUUUCUCACGCUGAGGACAAGGUUCCUCACGCUGAGGACAAGGUUCCUCUCGCUGAGGACAAGCUAUCUCUCGCUGAGGACAAGGUUCCUCACGCUGAGGACAAGGUUCCUCACUCUGAGGACAAGGUUCCUCACGCUGAGGACAAGGUAUCUCUCGCUGAGGACAAGGAACCUCACGCUGAGGACAAGGUUCCUCACGCUGAUGACAAGGUUCUGAGGACAAAGUUCUUCACGCUGAGGACAAGGUUCCUCACGCUGAGGACAAGGUUCCUCACUCUGAGGACAAGGUUCUUCACGCUGAGGACAAGGCUCCUCACGCUGAGGACAAGGUUGCUCAAGCUGAGGACAAGGUUCUGA